GAGGUGAGAAGCAGUGACAUUGGGCCCCGUGUUCACAGCUCCAGGUAGCCCAGUUCCCCAACCAUGCAGCCACUCAAGUGGGGAGCCUCUUUCUGGGCUCCUGAUACCCCCCCACCCUUUCUCUGGGUCUCUGGCUCUGCCCCACACUGAGUCUCUGUACCUCUCCUGAGAGUCUCUCCUCCUCUCCUACUCUCUGUCCGCCUCUCUCUUGGGGCUCAGGUCCUCGUCUGAGCCUCCUUCCCUUUCUUUCCUCUAGGUCUCUGUUCUCUUCUCUCUGGAUCUCUGUCCCUCUUUCUUCCUCGUCACUGUCUCUCCCUCUUUUUCUCAGUCUCUUUCCUCCUCCCCCCAGUAGUUUCAGUCCCAUCCUUUGUUUGGUGACCUUAGAUUAAUCACUUAACCCUCCAGGAGGCCUAGGGAACAAUGAUACCUAGUUCCUAGGGUUGUUUUGAGAAACACAUGGGAGGCAUGUGUUCAACCCAGGCCAAACACUUAUUAAAUAUGAGCUAUUAGGAUUUUGGCCAUUUCCCUACUGUUAUUAUUAGUGUUACAUCUGCUCUUAAGUGACUUCUCUCUGAACCUCGAGAGAGGGGAAGAUUUGUGGGAAGACCUGAUGCACCUUCACCAGAUCUGACACCUAGGAAGUACCUGAGCAAUGGCUAUUAUUAUUAUUAUUAAUUACUAUUCAUAUGUACAAUGCAUUUGUCAGAUGCUGCAGCUUAGAGAGGUGCGGCAGUGGUGAGCCGUGAGGUGGGGCCUGGGGCCUGCGGCCUGCUUAGGGAGUUGGGCACCCUGGGCCUUCCUGCGACAAGUGAGACUCCAGGAGGUUGCUUCCAGUGAGGCUGGGUACUGCCCCCCGCUCCAGGUAGGCCCUCCCCAGUUGCCCCAGCCCCCUCACCCACAAAGGACACGAAGCUGGUCUUGUCGAUGAGUAUCCAGAUGCCGAAGCAGAAAAUCAGGCUGCCUAGAACCUGGGGAGAGGAGGUCAACAAGGAAGAAGGCUGCAUCCCUGCAGUUGCAGGAACUCAAGUCCACCCAGGAUGACGACUGUUAAUAAAAGCAUGGAGGCCCAGGAUAAGGAACCCUGGAUGUCUGGGACUUCGGAUUCCAAAUACCUGACUGCUACUACCUCAGUUUCCCCAGUCUUAAAGUCCGAGUUGUUGUCUGCUGAGGAACUGAAUGGGGAGAAAGAGAAGGUUGACACUCUGUCAUCACACAGUUGGUUUGAUGAAGAUAAUGAUGAAGCACUGGAGACCACAGACAAAGAUGAGCCAAAGGAUGAAGCCCCCACUGACCGGCCAUCCUGGGCCAGUAAAACUGAGUACCUCCUGGCCCAGGUGGGCUUCUCUGUGGGGCUGAACACCACCUGGCGCUUUCCUUAUCUGUGUUUUCACAAUGGAGGUGGCAGCUUUCUCAUCAUCUACGUCCUCAUGCUGCUCUUGGUCGGGGUUCCGCUUCUCCUGCUGGAGAUGGCAGCCGGUCCGAGGAUGCAUCAGGGCAGCUUGGGUGUGUGGACGGCCGUCAGCCCCUGGACUGGCGGUUUGGGGUAUACCAGCCUCACAGUGUGCUUCAUCGCGGGCUUGUACUACAGCGUGCUCAUGGCCUGGGGUGCCUUCUAUUUGGUUCAGUCUUUGCAGUCUCCACUGCCUUGGGCAUCAUGUCCCUUACUGAGGAAUUCCAGUGAUUUUGAUGAGAAGAGAGGGAAAAGGGCAGGUGGGAGGGCUGAGAAAAGUACAAAAGGUGAUGAAAGGGGUAUGAAGGAGGGGGGAGAUGCGGAGAAGAGGGGAGGCACCUGGUCUUGCAGUUUCCUCCAUGGUCAGUUCACCUCAGAUCCUGAGUGUGCACAGACAGCAUCCACCACGUACUUCUGGUACCGGCAUGUACUGAAGGCCGUAGACGAGAUUGAGAUGGGUGGGCCGCCAGUAGUGCAUCUCAGUGUCUGUCUCUUUGCGUCUGGUUCAUUAUCUGCGUCUCCAGUGCUGUAUGUCUCAGUGACCCUUCCCUACAUCUGCCUUUCCUGUCUCCUUAUCCAGAGCGUCAUGCUGGAAGGCGCACAUUUUGGUCUCAAGAGUCUGUUGGCUGCCAAGGUGAGCCACGUGUGGCGCCGGGCAGGGAACCAGCUCUUUCUGUCCGUAGGCUCUGGCUUCAGCAGCUUCACCGCAAUAAGCUCGUACACCCCGCAGCCCAACAACUGUGUCACUGAUGCUGUCACUGUGGCUCUUCUCAGCCUGACCUCCUCGCUGGUGGUCAUGUUAUUUGUAUUUGCCAUAAUAGGCCACUUGGUUACAGAGACCAGCAAAAAAUGCUGCCUGAAGAAUGCUGAGACAGUGAUGAGACUGGUAGCAAUGUGGGUGCUACCUCCUGAGGUCCGGCCCCCGGAUAGUCUGUCUCAUCAUCCAGACCCCAUCUACUCCAUGUGGCUUAGCAACCUCCCUGAACAAGUCAGAAGCAUAGUCCUACCAUAUUUGUCCAAUUGCAGCUUAUCUGAGCAGUUGAAGGAGGUAGGUCAUGGAGGGUCAGGUUUGGUCCUUGUGGCAUUUACUGACGUCAUCUUCUCUGUGUUUUCUGGAUCCACCUUCUGGUCCAUCAUCAUCUUCCUAUUGCUGGUGAACCUGGGGCUGUGCACCAUGACAGGGGUCAUGCAGGGUAUCAUUACCCCACUCCAGGACACCUUCUCUUCCCUCAGGAAAUACACAAAGCUGCUCACUGGGGGUCUGUAUGUGUGUGUGUUCCUGUGCAGCCUUAUUUCUGCAUGGCCCUCUGGCAGCUACUAUGUGAACCUGCUGGAUGAAUACUGGGCAUCUCUGUGCCUCUUCUUCAUUCUCAUCUUGGAGAACGUGGCCAUGGCCUGGAUCUAUGGAGCCAGAAGGUUCCUCGCAGACCUCAGCGUCAUGCUGGGCCGCCCCGUCUCCCCGUCUGGCUGGCUGUGGUGCUGCCUGUCUCCCGCCGUGCUGCUGGUCCUGUUUAUAACUGCCCUGACUCAUCUGUCUCUGAAGACCAUCAGCUGCUUGGCGUGGGACUCAAGCACUUCCAAUGAGGAGAUCCGAAUUUACCCGUCAUGGGCGAAAGGCUUGCUUGUCGUCCUCGUCGUCGUGCCCGUCUUUCCCGUCCCUGCCUACUUCCUGUACACCCUCGCCGGGUGGCUUUUCCAGUCUCCAUGGUCUGCAGCAGGACCUUCACUCCCCUCAAACCCGAAGCUACAGUGGGCUCGCCGGAGGCCCUUCCACAGGUCCAAGUGA